CUUUUCGAGCAAUAACAUAAGGGUGGGAAGAUCAUAAAGCGAGACAAAAAGAAAAAGAAAUUUUCCAUAUGCGAUGCAAGGCGGAACUUGCCUGAAAUGGAAAAAAUCUGAAGCCUUCCUCCUUCAUUUGACCUUGGCCUGUUUCGCAGCUUUGCACGCAUUAUUUCUUCUUUACCAAGCAACUCCCACCGAACCAGUCAACAACUAAAGUUUCCCUCUUUAUAUUUUACCCAAUUUCUCUGUGGAGGCUAAAGAUCGAAUAAUUGAGUAAUCGGGAGAAGAAGAACGAAAUACAGUGUAGUAAUGGUCCUCCCACUUGUAAAGCUCGGUACCCUCGCCUUGAAAACUCUCAGCAAACCCAUCGCUUCUAGGCUCAAACAACAGGCUGGAUUGCACCCUCAGUUCCGCCAAUUCAUCGUCAACAUGGCUCAGGCAAACCAUAGAAUGACUACAACAAUGCAAAGACGAAUCUAUGGUCAUGCUACAGAUGUUGAGAUCCGUCCUCUAAAUGAGGAGAAAGCUGUUCAAGCUGCAGUAGACCUUAUAGGGGAAUUAUUCGUCUUUACGGUUGCGGGAGUUGCUGUGAUCUUUGAGGUGCAAAGAAGUUCUAGAUCAGAAGCCAGAAAGGAGGAAAUUCGGAAGCAAGAACUGGAGGAACUGAGGCAAAGAGAUGAAAAUUUAGCAAGAGAAGUGGAGCUUCUUAAGCACAAACUUGGAGAAAUAGAGCAGCUUGCCAAGGGGCGAGGGCUUGGUGGUAUUUUCAAAUUGAAACCUGCUCAAACUGAAAUUGAAAAGUCAACAGCAGUUUGAUCUAAUAAAGAAGAUUUGUCAAAAAUUACAGUUCAGUGACUUAAUUCCCAAUUCAUCGAUGGUCUUCACUUUUUGCAAGCAGAGGUUUCUUCUUUUCAUUCUUUCCACCUUGGGCCAUUUUUGCUGGCAGGGCAUGGUGUUCCAUUUGUAAAAACAACCAAAAUUGAGUUUCUGUUUCUGUUGUUGGGAAGUAAACUAGAAUAGCAAAUGUCUCAAUGCUGUUCACUGAGAAACAAGAUACAAAUUAUGGUCUGCAAUUAUUGUUGAAGUGAUGCAUAAUGAGAUAAAUAUCAGAUGUAUGCUAACCAAAUGAGAGACUCAGAAAUGUUCUCUCAUGAGGUAGUCCAGUCUUGGAAAGGUAUAUUUUCCCCUGCUAAUAAUACCCUUCAACUGUUACUACAA